AUGGCCUCAGCUGAGCCGAAACAGAGCCCAAAAACCACCCCGCAAUGGGCGACCGGAGCUCCCAUCGCUGCGCGCCAGAGGAAGGGCGAAAUAGACCCCUUCACGCGCACGAAGAUCGUGGAAUUAAAGAAAACGGCCGGCUGGUCAUACUCCGCCAUUCACAAGAGGUUCCCUUCAAUCCCUCUCAGCACGAUCAAGUCCACGGUGACGCGAGCCGAUAGCAGAGUGAACAAUAUCUCCAAGGCCCGCUCGGGGCGGCCCCCCAAACUGGACGAUGCCGACAGAGCAAAGUUGCUCGAGGCGAUUGAAAAGAACCCCGAGAUAUCCACCCAGGCUCUUCUGGAGCUGGUCAAUCAUAAGUGCGGCAAAGUCACUAUCCGGCGCUUGAGAGCAAACAAGGGGCAAAAUAAGCAAUGA